AUGUUGCAUAGAAGGGCUGCACAAUUACAAAAGCAUGCAUCUCACAAUAAAUUAGAGGAAAAAGAUGUUGAAAAGUUCGCUUCUAUCUUGUCCACUCCAGAAACAUCUUUGUUGACCACACUGAAAACCUCAAAAGGACCAAAACCAGUCGAUGCUUCGGAAUUGGAUUUGUUCAACAAUGAUUGGAUGAACAAAUAUCAUGGACAAUCAGUUUGCGUUCUUAAACCAAAAACGACCCAAGAAGUUUCAGAAAUUAUGAAGUAUUGCUUCGAACGCAAAUUGGCAGUAGUGCCACAAGGUGGAAAUACAGGCUUAGUAGGAGGAGGUGUUCCUGUUUUGGACGAAGUGAUCAUCAAUCUAGGAGCAAUGAACAAAAUUCGAUCUUUCAAUGAGAUCAGUGGAACGCUUGUUUGCGAUGCAGGCUGCAUCUUGGAAUCACUAGACAACCAUAUUGCCGAAAAGGGAUACAUGAUGCCAUUGGAUUUGGGGGCCAAGGGUAGCUGUCAAAUUGGUGGAAAUGUUGCCACAAAUGCAGGUGGUUUGCGAUUCUUACGCUAUGGAAGCUUACACGGAAACGUGCUUGGACUCGAAGUAGUACUGCCCAAUGGAACCGUUCUAGAUGGCUUGUCGACGCUGAGAAAAGACAAUACCGGUUUCGAUCUCAAGCAACUAUUCAUCGGUAGCGAAGGUACGAUCGGACUAAUUACCGGUGUAUCAAUCAUUACGCCCAGAAGACCAAGUGCCUUUAAUGUUGCCGUCUUUGCUGUGGAUAGUUUCGAAGCUGUUCAAAACGUCUUUUCGAAGGUCAAAGCACACUGUGGAGAAAUUCUGUCCGCCUUUGAGUUCUUUGAUAAUCAAAGUUUGGAAAUGGUGAAAGCACAUGCGACUGCCGGUGUCAAGGAUCCGUUCCAAGACAAGCAUCCUUUCUACGUCCUGAUCGAAACAAGUGGAAGCAAGAAAGAGCACGAUGACGAAAAAGUGAACGAAUUGUUGGAAGAAUUGAUGGAAUCCAGUGCAAUCGUGGAUGGUGUACUGGCACAAGAUGAAACACAAGUGCAAUCGCUAUGGGCAUUGAGAGAGUCUAUUCCAGAAGCAGCAGGAAAGCUAGGCAGCACAUACAAAUAUGACGUUAGUAUGCCAGUUGAAUUGAUGAACGAAUUGGUGGAAGAUAUGCGUUCUCGAUUGGACAAACAUGGAUUGAUGGGCAACAAGGUGAAGGAGGUGGUCGGAUAUGGACAUAUCGGAGACGGUAAUUUGCAUAUCAACAUCAUCGCAGAUAAAUUCGAUCCUGCUGUCGAAGAAGUCAUCGAACCAUACAUUUAUGAAUGGCUAGCGAAAGUUAACGGAUCCAUUUCUGCUGAACAUGGACUGGGAAGGAUGAAAGGAGAGAAGAUCGGUUACUCGAAAUCACCUGCUUCAGUAGCAAUCAUGAAAGACAUCAAACAUUUAUUCGACCCAGAGAAUCUACUCAACCCGUACAAAUAUCUACCGUCCGAUAAAUAAAUGAAUGCCUCUUUGUAUUGUUAGACCAGAAAUCAAUUUUCAAUCUUACUAAUCAUGAUG